AUGAUGUCGCGAAGUCAGUCGAGUCUAGGGUAUAUGGAUUCAGGGCGGGAGGAUUCUGCGCCGGGUGCCUCUCCGUCUCUGAACCAGCAGUCUACCUCUGGCCCUAUAAAUCUCUCCGGUCUGGUGUGCAACGUGCGCCGAACGACUGGCAAGGAACCCCGCCCUCUCGUCGGUGCCACUACGACCAUACUUGGGGAUAAGCUGUACGUGUUCGGAGGCCGGAUCCUCUCACGCAGCCGUCCUCAACUAACCUCUGACCUUUACGAAUUGGAUUUGAUUCGACGACAUUGGACGAGAAUCGAGCCCGCUGGAGAUGUUCCACCGCCGCGGUACUUCCAUAGUGUAUGUGCUUUGGGUGAUAACAAGUUGGUUUGUUAUGGAGGCAUGUCACCCGCACCGAGUACGCCAAAGGACCCCGAGAAUCCCGCAGAGCCGCAACCGCAGUCACAAUCGGAAGUCGUGGUUAUGUCGGAUAUUCACAUCUUCGAUGUACCAUCACGGGCAUGGACUCGUGUUGCUGCCCAUGAAUCUCCUCAGGGGCGCUAUGCACACUGCGCUACGAUACUGCCCUCGAGUGCAUGCUUCACAUCUGCUAGUGCACCACUUUCCGCCAUCCACAAUAAUCCUGAAUCAUCCACUCAUCAAGGCACGCUUGGCGUGGAUAUUGACGGCUUUGGAGGUGCCGAAAUGGUGGUGGUCGGAGGCCAGGAUAGCUCCAACCACUACAUCGAACAAAUCAGUGUUUUCAAUCUGCGAAGUCUGAAAUGGACCAACACUAGCCCCCUGGGAAGGAGCUGCGGCGCAUAUCGCAGUGUGGUGGCUCCUCUGGUGGGAAUGGAUGUGUCCGAAAUUGGGUCCUCGGCCCCAGAUCGCGACCAGCACGAGCCGAUUCAAGACAGCACCGAAUCGCCAGGUUGUCCUAUGCUGAUAUACUCCAACUACAAUUUCCUUGAUGUCAAGCUGGAGCUGCAGGUGCGCCUGCCGGACGGACGCCUUGUCGAGCGACCGAUGCAGAGCCAAGCAUCCCCCCGGGACUGCGUUUCCCAAACGCAAGAAUAUGCGCUGUGGGCGCUCGACCUGAAGACGUUGACUUGGGGCCGUAUUGAUGCCGGAGGAUCAGUAUUUGGACAGGGUAGUUGGAACCGAGGAGUACUUUGGCCUCGCCGUAAUUCUUUUGUGAUUCUCGGACACCGGAAGCGAAGCCUUGUCGAUGACUACAACCACCGGCGAAUUAACUUUUCGCACGUCUGUCUGGUCGAGCUGGAGGCAUUCGGACUCUACAACAAUCCUUGCCGAACCGCUCCAACCUCAGGAUAUAAGUCUUAUAGCUCCUCUUCUGUUCCGGCAUCUCUACAGAAGAAGCAAGCUCGCGCAAUCUUUGCCAGAAAUGGCCGACAUGGAGUUGCAGGCUGUGGGGGAGAACGUAUCUCCGUCAACUCCCGCGUAUUGACUCGGCGCUGGGGCCCUUACUUUAUCCAACUCCUCCGUGAGUCGUCGGAUGGAGGUGUUGCAGACAUCGGAACUCUUCGUCCGGCCAAUAUACACCCGAGCCGCAACUCGAGUAUUACGAUCACCCCCUCAAUAGGCUCCGAUGCCACAACUCUUGUCAAUCAAGCUGUACCUUCUAAGUCUCUGCUUGAGAAUCUUGAAGUGCCGUCUGCUCAUAGCCUCGCCCCAACCUCCCGGCCGCGUGUGCUGUAUCUCCCCCAUACCAUUUUGACUCUGCAAGUGCUGGUUCAAUACCUCUACACCUCAGCCCUUCCAGCUACAGGCACAUCGCUUUGCACACCACAAAUUCUCUGCUCGCUUUUACAGCUUGCACGUCCGUAUCAAAUCGAUGGACUACUAGAAGCCACCGUCGAAAGACUCCAUCAAGUUCUCGAUGGGCGCAACGCCGCAGCUGUAUUCAAUGCAGCUGCUAUGGCUGCUGGUGGUGGCCGUGGUACUGGAUUCAAUGGUGGGCCAGGAGGUACACUUGAAGCGCUGAACGGAGCUUACACCGGCCACAACGGUACUGCACUCGCGAUUGGCGAGAAUAGUAACUCCCAACACGGUGCACUCGCAUCAGACUCGUCUGACACAGAGCACGGUGGUGCCUCCGCUUCAGCAGCGAGCAGCACAGGCGAUCUUACCAAUUUCGCUCGAGGUAUUCCAUCUCUCCGCAUCGACACCAGUGUCUCCCAACAUUCGCGCCAGCGCAGCGCCAACCGUGACCGCGAGGAUUCCAUCAGUAACCCAAGCACAGCGACAUCCGCGUCUAGUGCUAGUUUCAGUCAGUCUGACUCCGAAUGGGUCAGCGGCGAUGAAAGCCGCUCGCAAUCCCGCUCGCAGUCCCGCUCUACCCAUCACCGCCGUGACACAGAUGCCGAGUUGCGUCGCCCCCAACGUGAGCUCUGGACCGGUGACUUGAGCAGUGUGAUUGGUCUCCAGAAGCGCGGCUUGCGUGGUCUCAUGGAAGGUCGGCGCAUGCGCGAGCGUAGCUCAAAGCCCACCAGUACUGGCAGUGGCUCGAUAUCUAUGCCACCGUCGGCUGGUUCAGGCGAACAGAACGCUCCUUUCCAAGGCGUCGCCAGUUGA